ACUGCAUUCACAUCCCUUCUCUCUAUCUCACUCAUUGCAGCCAGCAUCUAUUGAUCAGCGUCUGUUGUAUCUUGAACGUUUUAACUAUUAUAAUCCGUCUAUUCUGCUCUGCUAUGAAUGUGCAUCGUAGAUACCGUGACAUUUUCUCUCCAAUUUACCGCGUUUAUUUGACAUCGAACAAAUGAGACAGACAAUUGAAUAACUUGAUUCUUGCUUGACGCAAUAUGGGAUGUAUGCAACACCAGUGGUCCUCAAGCAAAUCAACCUCAAUAUAAAUGAAAGAAAAAAUAACCCUCAUUUUUGUCACUUUUCUCAACGGACACUUCAAAUGUUGCAAUGCCUUAGAACAGGGUUCGUACUCCUUCCAAUAUCUGAUUAACACUACUGAUAUCAUAUCUCUACACUCAGAAGAACGAAAAGGCGACAAAGUGACAGGAACAUACACAUUCCUGCAACCUGAUGGCAAUGUGAGGUUCGUGAGGUACCAAGUAGAUGGACCAUCUGGUUUCAAGGCAUUCGUCGAAUCUAUAAAAUACAGGGGAGACCAACCUCAUGGUGGCACUGGACACCUGCAGUACCCUAGAGACUUCAGAGAACCUGUCAUAUUCGCCUCACCAGUUAGUAUCAUAACGGAAGACCUAUUUGACCCUCCAAGGAUACUUGUCCCGCAGAAUACCUGAAACACUUGAAAUAAUUAUAAUAAUGAAGAUCCAGAGUCGUAUGUUUAUAUAAAAUGUAACUGAAUUUGUGUCAGAGGUUGAGAUAUCUGAAUUUUCGCUCAACUACGUAUGAGAAGAUCUAUAAGCUCUGUAUAUUGUGACUGUUCAUGAUAAUUCAAAUAUCAACAUCAUGGGAUAUUGUAAAACACGUACUUACUUACUGAUAAAAUAAUAUCAUUUAGUGUAAAGUAAUGAAAAAUCAUGUUUUUGUACAAUAAAGAAAUAUUUGUUACCAAG